GAAUCCUCCCCGAGGGAGGGCUCGACGCUGCCCUUAUAGCGGCCCGGCCGGGCGGUGCGGUGCGGGCCGUGCAGCCAUGGGCGAGGCCGCGGCGGGCAGCGCGGUGCCGCCGCUGCCGGCGGCCGAGGCGGGCGGCGGGCAGGUGAACGCGCUGACCGUGCUGGCCCUGCUGGAGAAGCUGGUGUCCAUGCUGGAGAAGGUGGACGGGAACCAGCGGCAGAUGGAGCAGAGGCAGCGGGGCCUGGAAGGGGCGGUGCGGGGCAUCCAGGAGGACCUGGUGAAGCUGUGCCGCAGCCACGGCGCCACGGGCGAGACGGUGGAGAAGCUGCUGGAGAAGUCGCGGAAGGUGUGCGCGAACACCCGCGCCGUGCGGGAGCGCCUGGACCGCCAGUGCGACCAGGUGCGGCGGCUGGAGCAGCACCACGCCCAGCUGCUCCGCCGAGACCGCUUCAAGGUGCUCAUCUUCCAGGAGGAAAAUGAGAUCCCUGCCAGUGUUUUUGCAAAAGAGCCCAUUCCCAGCAUUACAGAAGGAAAAGAGGAGCCCAUGGAUGAGAACAAAACACUGGAAGAAACCUUGCACACAGUGGAGUUGGGUUCAGAUGAUGAAAUGUUUCCUGAGGGAGAUGACUUGGAUGACAGCGCAGAGGAGAAAACAGAAGAAUCAAGAGCUGAGAAACUUAAAAGAUCCAGCCUCAAGAAGGUGGACAGCCUGAAGAAAGCGUUUUCCCGCCAAAACAUUGAGAAGAAGAUGAACAAGAUCAGCACAAAGAUCGUGUCGCCCGAACGGAGAGAGAAGAUCAAGAAGUCACUCACUGUGCAUCACCAGAAGUCCUCCUCUGGCAAGGGCCCGGGUUUCAAAGUGGGAUUCGGCACGAAGAAAGGCCGUGAGGGGGAGAGCCCUGCGGAAGCCGAGGACAGGCCCUCGGAGACGGCGAGCACCGAGCAGGCCGAGAACGAGGACGAGGUGUCCUUCGCCAGCAUGCACUCGGACAUGACCCCCAGCACCUCCCUGGCCGAGCAGGGCAAGGCAGCCGGCGACGCCCCGGAGAAGGAGGCCGCAGGGGAAGGGAAGGCCUCGAUGAACAACAACAUCGAGCUGUCCAUCGUGGAAGAUGACGAAGAGUACGGCGUGCCUCUAGAAGCUUCUAGCCAGAAACUGUUGGAUGAGAGAAACCCAUUUAGCGGGGAGAUGGAGCAGUCUGAUGAAGAAACGACCCAAGCAGCCGUCCUGCAGGUGGACCAAACAGCAUAGGCAGCCCAAGCCCCCCUUCUCCUGCCAGACACACACGGUUUUCCUGAGGGGAGGAACUGGUUUCACCUGCACAGGCAGGAGGAGUGACUCUUCCAUCCUUUCCUCUGCAGCGAUAAUUUAUUGAACGCAGAGUGGGCAAGGUCAACGAUUAAAGCUGCAACGUGCUCUGUUUUAGGCAGAGUCACUGGUGUUGAUGAAUUCAGAGAUGCUGCCAGCUGGUGUCAGGGACUAGCAGGAGGAGAGGGUGUCUGGUAGAAGCAAGCUGACCAAGUGGCUUUCUUAGAGUUAGGUCAGAGGAACGCAUGGAGAGUAGCCAAGACCCAAGCAUUUCUGUUCUCUUCUCUUCUCUCCUCCCAGUAUUUCCCAGCACUGUGAGUAGUUUUGUAUGUCAAUGUAGGAAUACCUAUGGCAAUGUUUGAUUUCAGUUGCCUUGCCAUGCUCUGUGAACAUUAACAGCCUCAGUAAUUGUGCACACACGUGCAGUUUGUUCAGGGCUUUGCUCCACAGCACCAUAGGACUAAAAGAGCAGAGUACUUGUAGGGCAAAGCUGAAAAUCCAGUUCCAUCCAUUUCAGUGGGGGAAAGAUUUUUGCCAGUAGUCACUUGCUACUCAUUUAGAAAAAAAAUCACUGUGUUUAGGUGGGGGGGC